AUGUUUACGCGGAAGUUUCAGAGCACCAUUCUGAACGCGGAGGGCCACAACGUGCCAAAGGAGGAGGUGCCACAUGAGCCACAAAAAAUGACGUUUUGGCACUCCUACAUUGAUCCCCUUCAUAGCAAAGAGGAGCGUCCUGUAGUUGACGUCUCUGCCCCGUACAACCCACUAGAUGAGACACAUCAGGUGCUGAAAUUAGGUGUGCAAAAACUUCCAUACGGCUUCCUUUCCAUGAACGCCUUCAGUGGCAUAAAAGAGGAGGUGCCGUACACGGGCUCGAUGCACACAUGCGAAUGCGUGAAGUGGUGGAUGGGAGGUAUCAACAUUUGGUAUAUUAACUGGUUUCUGGCCCGUUCGUCAAACUCGUUUGGGGCUGUGGGUAAUCCACGGACAAAGUUUGCGUGGAACAUGGCGUUAUUGCUUGGAGUGCUGCGAACCAACAUCGCCGGUUUGAUUGGGAUUGGGGGCUACUUCUACUCAUAUGAGUGGCUCUAUACGUAUGGACCAUGGCCCUUCCGCAUUAGUGAUCCGAGUUUGAACGGCUGGAAGAGAGCGUGGGAUGAGGGUCAGGGGUGCUACAUGUCUCGCACCGCCGCAAGCAUCUUCCCCCCAUUAGGUUACGCCUUCUUCAUGGGGCGUUGGAAAAAGGCAAGCUUCUGGUUUGUAGUGACGCUGCUGGGGGGUCUGCAGUACGAGUACGCGCGACAGUACAUCAUCGCGGGUAACCGCCUCUUUUACAGCUUCCAGGCGAACAAGGAGCUCAACCGCCAAGCCAACUGGGGAUCACUAAUGCCUGUCUUGGCUCACCGCGUAGACCCCGGCACCAAUCGCAACGGUAGCGUCGCGCAGUUUCGCUACUUUCGCAUCACCAGCGGCACAAUGCAAGAUACCAUAUGGGAGAAUGCGGUCCAUGAGAACCUGCCGCUGUAUCGCUACGCCUUGCGGCUACCAAAUCCCUGCUUUAACUGGCAGAAGGCACCGCAGACGGACAACGACAAGCCGUACGCAAGUAAAAAUGACUUAUGGGAAAUGCCACAGGUUCUCAACGCACAGAUGUGUUUGCCAACCGUGGACCAACCCUCCGCCAGUUCUAUGGUGUAA